AUGUCUCCCGCACCUACCGUGCUCAUCAUAGGAUGCGGCGUCGCAGGUCCCGUCCUCGGCAACCUUCUCAUACAAAAAGGCUACCAUCCCAUCGUCUUUGAGAAAGUUUCGGAACUCGGGGAUGCCGGUGCGUCACUGAUGCUCAUGUCCAACGGCCUCAAAGUUCUGGAACUCGUUGGGGUCGCUGACAAUAUUACUGCCGAGUCUUAUCCUAUUCAGCGCUUUAUUGACUCAACUUCGGACGGAAAACUACUCGGUUCCUCAGACCUGCCCAGCACCUUCAAGGAUAAGUACGGCCAUCCUUUGGCUGGAAUCAAGCGUACCUCCAUCAACUUGAUGCUGAAAAAGACGCUUCUCGACCGCGACAUAGAGGUGAGAGAGGGCUGGGAGCUGCUGGAUAUUGAAGAAAAGAAAGAUUCUGUAACCGCCUACUUCAAUCACGAAAGGGCGGUCACCGCUUCGUUCCUCAUUGGCUGCGAUGGAAUUAAAUCUGCGAGCCGGAGGGCUCUCCUUCGGUCCAAGGGUAUCGCGGAAGGGCUCCCUUCAUAUACCGGCCUCACACAGACGGCCGGAAUCUCCAAAGUGCCCGAUUCGCUACUUACUCCCGCAGCCAUGCGCAAUUGGUACGGUGACGGAACUCAUGUCAUUGCUUACCCCAUCUCCAAGACGCACAUAUCGUGGGCGAUAACUCGACGAGAGACCAACGAAGCAGCGGAGACAUGGCGGCCGUAUCGACAAGAGGAACUCCCAGAGCAGAAAAGUCAGCUCUCUAAUCUUCCUUCUUUUGCUAGGGAGGACUGCUUCCACUUAAGCCAAGCCUUGCCCGACCUAGCUUCAGUCGAAACGCGUUUCGAAAAGGCCGUCGCGGCUCUCGGGCCGAGUUUGUCUGAUGCUAUCUUCAAGCCGUAUGCUGAGAAACGCCAACCGCGCACGUCGCACUUGGUCAGGGGAGCACGAGCAGUGGGGGAGCAGAGAACUGCUUCGGGCGAGGAAGCAUGUGCGUUGCGAGAUGGGUUGAUUACGGAAAAGUUUGCGGAUGAAGCUUUGCUUGCAAGUCGGAUGGAUGAGCUUUUGCGGGAGCCAUUCCAACGCACGCAGAGCCCGGCGUAG